UUUCACCGCCCUUCCGCUUCUCUCUCUCCGUUUAUAAGCCACCCGCGCAUCUCCCUCCAUCUUCCGGAAUCCCACCACCCUUGUUCCUUCCAUCUCCCCGCCACCACAACCCGAGGAGCGCCAUGGACGACGACAUCGACAGCAGCUGCUCCACCCCCUUCGCCAGCGCGCCGUCCAGCCCCGGCAGGUCCCCCGCGACCGGCGGCGGGUACUUCUUCAGCGCCCCGGCCAGCCCCAUCCACCACCUGCUGCUCUCGUCCUCCUCGGCCGCCUCCGGUGCCGUGCACGGCGCCGGGUGCGGCGGCGUGGGCGACGCGGAGUUCGAGUUCGGUGGCCCCGGCGGCCCCAUGAUUUCUGCCGAUGAGCUCUUCCACAACGGCCAGAUCCGGCCGCUCACCCUGUCCCCGCUCCCGGAUCUCGACCCCGGCAGCGACGACGACGACGGAGACUGCCGCCCUGCGCCUGUGCGAGGCCGCGAGCUGACACUGCGGAGCGGGUCUGUGCACCGCCGCACGCGGUCCAUGUCGCCGCUCCGCGGCGCGUCGCCGAGGCUCAAGCUGCUCAAUGCGCUCGUCCCCGCGCCGGAUCUUGGGUCGGCGCCGUCGCACUCGGCUGGGUCGGAGGAGGCUACGCCACCGGUCACCGCCUCGUCACGCUCGUCGUCUUCGUCCUCGACGUCAUCGUCCUCGUCCGCCUCGUCGUCCGUCCGCGGGUCACGGCGGUGGGUGUUCCUCAAGGACAUGCUCCUCCACCGCAGCAAGAGCGAGCCCGGCGGAGCCCACGCGCACGACGCCCCCGCCAAGCCCGAAAAGGCGUGGCCGUUCUCGCCCUCGUGGGCAUCAUCAAGAGACAGGAUCGCCGCCAAGCUCCGCGCGGCGAGGUCACCACCACCACCACAACCACAACAAGAACAACAAUCGCCAGCGUCGACGGAGGCCGCCGGCGGCGAAGAACCCCAGCCGCCGCGGGGGCGCGGCAGGGGCAAGCAGGGCAGGCGUCGUUCGACCACGAUAGCGGCGGCGCACGAGCGUCUCUACGCGGCGCCGAACCGGGCGCAGGCGGAGGAGAUGCGGCGGCGGACGUUCCUCCCCUACCGGCAGGGCCUCCUCGGCUGCCUCGGCUUCAGCUCCCGCGGCUACGGCGCGCUCCACGGCUUCACGAAAACCCUCAACCCCGUCUUCUCCCGGUAAAAACUAAAAAGCGAUGGCAGAAACGCCGCCAUCUCCAAAAUGGAAAUGAAAAGAAUGAGACCAAAAGGGAAGAGCUUAAUCAAUCAAGUUCUUUGCUGCUGCAUGUUAGUAAUUAUUUCCUGUGUAAGCAAAGCUUGUACUACUUGUUUUCUUUUUUUUCAUUUUCAUUUUUCUGCCUUCGAUUUGUGCUUGUGUUUUGUAUAGGCAGGCAGCGCGAGAGGGA